UCACAUUUGCAAGGGCUGAAAUUACCUUAAUUAUUAGGUGGCUGUCUGGUCGACUCUCCCCCCCCCGGCAGAUCUGCUCUCUGAUCCCCUCUCAGGUAUAACACAUUUUCAGCUGGAGAAGGAGAAGAAGAAGAAAACGUUUCAGCAUGUCUAUAGGGCUGGAGCUGAUAGGGAUCUCCCUGUGCAUCUUGGGAUGGAUUAUUGCCAUCGUGGCUUGUGCCCUCCCCAUGUGGAGGGUGACGGCCUUCAUCGGCAGCAACAUUGUGACAGCCCAAAUCAUCUGGGAGGGCCUUUGGAUGACCUGCGUGGUCCAGAGCACGGGCCAAAUGCAAUGCAAAGUCUAUGACUCCAUGCUCGCCCUGUCCCAGGACCUCCAGGCGGCCCGCGCCCUCACCGUCAUCUCCAUCCUGCUGGCCAUACUGGCUGUGCUCAUCGCCAUCGCCGGGGCCAAGUGCACCAACUGCAUAGAGGACGAGGCGUCCAAGGCCAAGGUGAUGAUCAUCUCUGGCGUCUUUUUCAUCGUGUCGGGGGUCAUGCAGCUUAUCCCCGUCUCCUGGUCGGCCAACACGAUAAUCAGGGACUUCUACAACCCGUUGCUGACUGACGCUCAGCGGAGGGAGCUGGGGGCUGCGCUCUACAUCGGCUGGGCGGCAGCUGCCCUCCUGGUUCUGGGUGGCGGGCUCCUCUGCUGCUCCUGCCCGCCACGUGAGAAGAGAUACAACCCCUCACGGAUGGCUUAUUCUGCCCCGCGGUCCGCAGGUGGUCCAGGGUUCGAGAGGAAAGACUAUGUAUGAGUAUUAAAAAAAAAAACAAAGACAGUUUUUGAAUGACAAACCUGCCCUGUACACCGGGGUGACAGUGUGCUGAAGAAAGGGCUCAAGGAGUCUAAGACUCCACAAUGAAGGAGGUGUUUGAUUUGGCUUUUACUGUUUGAUCUCUGUAAUUGCCUCUAUGCUUGUCAGCGACUAAUACAAGGUGAUUUGAUUGGACUGUCCCUUUAACGAUGUUUUAAAAAGGCGAUGGAAUGAUGGUUUUUUUUGUGUUUCGGCUGCUUGUUAACAGAAUGGAGUUCUCUGCUUCACGUAAAAGGGCUAGAUGUUAUCGUCACAUUCUUUUGAUACAAUCAGUGCUUGUUCAUAUUUCACCACGGAACAGUCAAACUUUUAUGGAUGUUGUCAUGACAACUGGUCAAACGUCACCUUCAUAAUGAGGCCCCAGUCCGUCAAUUCCCCUGCAUAUUUAAAUACAUGUGGAGGCUUUUAGCAGUUUGUUUUGAUUGAGAUGUUAUAUCAGCAGGUUUAUGCGAUGUUAAUAAUGUUUUUAUUUUUAUAACUCCAUUUAUUACCUGAUAAGUGUGUUCAGCAAUUUAGGUGGGGGUGGGGGGUUACAGGUAUGCAAAAGACUGUUAAUGCCUCUCUGUGUGCACUGAGGCAGCACAGAGGCACCUGUGUCCACAACACUGAUCAUCUUUGUUUAAUACGGCGUUACACAUUUCUCAUCAGCUUUUUUUUUUUUUUUUAAAUAAAGAUCCCUGUGUUUUUUUUAAG